AUGGGUGUCCCCAAGUUCUUCAGAUGGCUCUCGGAGCGGUAUCCUGCCAUUUCCCAGCUCAUCGCCGAGAACCGCAUACCCGAGUUCGACAACCUCUACCUCGACAUGAACGGCAUCAUCCACAACUGUACCCACAAGGACAGCGACGAUGCCACCUUCAGGCUCAGCGAGAAGGAGAUGUUUAUCCGCAUCUUCAACUACAUCGAGCACCUGUUCGCCACCAUCAAGCCCAAGAAGCUGUUCUUCAUGGCCAUCGAUGGUGUCGCCCCCCGCGCCAAGAUGAACCAGCAGCGCGCCCGUCGUUUCCGUACCGCCCUGGAAGUCGAGAAAGCCCGUGACAAGGCGAUCCGUGAGGGCGUGGAAAUGCCCAAGGAGGACGCCUUCGACAGCAACUGCAUCACCCCCGGCACCGAGUUCAUGGCCAAGCUGACCCAGCACCUCAAAUACUUCAUUGCCAAGAAGAUCUCCGAGGACACGGAUUGGCAGGGCUGCGAUGUCGUCCUGUCGGGCCACGAGGUGCCCGGCGAGGGAGAGCACAAGAUCAUGGAGUACAUUCGUAAUGCCAAGGCCCAGCCCGAUUACGACCCCAACGUGCGCCAUUGUUUGUACGGCCUCGAUGCCGACCUGAUUAUGUUGGGUCUGCUCAGCCACGACCCCCAUUUCUGCCUUCUAAGAGAAGAGGUCACCUUUGGCCGUGCUUCAAAGGUGAAGUCCAAGGAGUUGGAGCAUCAGAAUUUCUAUUUGAUGCAUCUCUGCAUUGUCCGCGAAUACUUGGAGUUGGAGUUUCAGGAUUUGAAAAAGGAAGGCGCUUUGCCUUUUCCGUUCGACUUGGAAAGAGUUAUUGAUGAUUUCAUCCUCAUGGCCUUUUUUGUAGGAAAUGAUUUCCUUCCCAAUCUUCCCUACUUGCACAUCAACGAAGGUGCUCUAGCCACCAUGUUCCGCAUUUACAAGGAGGUCCUCCCCAAGGCCGAAGGCUAUAUCAACGAGGGCGGUGUUAUCAACCUGCCCAGACUUGCCUUGCUCCUCGAGGAGCUGUCCAAGGAGGAGAACCGCCACUUUGAGCACGAAAAUGCCGAUCAAAAGUGGCUGAGGAGUAAACAGGCCACCGAUGCCGGCAAGGAGGUAAUCGCCAAGGCCAAGGGCAAGGUCACCAUGACAUCUGGACAGAAAGAGAUCUGGAAGACGAUCAGGAAGUACGUCCAGAAGCGACCUGGCGGAGUCUUGGAUCUUGGUACCGAGCUUGUCGCUGCAGAUCGCAAAUUCGUCCAAGAUGUUGCCGAUAGUCUUCGCAUCGAGUGGCGCACUUCCGAGGAUGACGACGGACGAAGGCAUCUCAUUCUCUCCAUGCCUGCUAAGGCCAGCAAUGGGGACAACGAGGAUGACGAAGAGGAGGAGGAAGGCCAUCUCGCAUUGCUUCGCGUGAUGAAGCGGUACGAUAAUGCCCAAGUCGUCGAUGUCUCCCCUGAAGAGGCUCAGGCCUCCAUGCAGGUCAAGUACAAGGAGAAGUUCAUCGAGUGGAAGGAGAAGUACUACGAGGGAAAACUAGAGUCGACCCCAGCAACCAAGGAUGCCGACCUUCGCAGCCUUUGCGAGAACUAUGUCCAAGGAUUGCAAUGGGUGUUGUACUACUACUAUCGAGGAGUCGCGUCGUGGCCGUGGUUCUAUGCAUCGCACUACUCCCCGAUGAUCUCAGAUGUCCUCAAGGGCUUCAAUGCUGACCUGAAUUUUAAAUUGGGACAGCCUUUCCGACCCUUCCAGCAGCUGAUGGGAGUGCUGCCAGACCGAAGCAAGAAGAUUGUUCCCACUGUAUAUCACGAUCUCAUGACGAAUCCAAGCUCGCCUAUCAUUGAUUUCUACCCGAGAGAUUUCGAGCUAGAUAUGAAUGGCAAGAAAAUGGAUUGGGAAGCUGUGGUGAAGAUUCCCUUCAUAGAUGAGAAACGACUGCUCGCUGCCAUGGGACCCAAGGAUGAGCUACUGUCGGAUGAUGAGAAGGCCAGGAACGACUUCGGCGUGUCUCUCAAGUUCACAUAUGACCGAGACACGGAUUUUGUUUACCCAUCAUCGAUGGAAGGCGAGUUUCCGGAGAUCCCUCACUGCAAAUGUAUCCAGAACAUCUACGACCUGCCGGUGGCAGAUGGUCUCGAGCUUUAUCGAGGUCUGAUGCCGGGCACAAAGCUCAACGUCGAGGCCUUGGCAGGAUUCCCCAGUCUUGCAACCUUGCCGUACAAUGCGAAUCUUGGCUUCCACGGGGUCAGGGUCUUCCAGCAGGAAAGCCGGAACGAGAGUAUGGUCGUCACUUUGUCCGAUGUCGAAGUGCGCAGCCGCGUAGAGUCCGCCAAGGUCAAGCUGGGCCAGAGAUGUUUCGUUGGCUACCCGUUCCUGCAGGAAGCCAAGGUUGUCCGGGUGUCGGAUGAGCUCUUCGAUUUCACCUUGGCAGAAGACGGUUCUGGCCAAGUUGUCAUGCGCGAACACACUGGCAAGGAGAUUGACCAAUGGAGCGGAAAGGCCGACCGCAUUGAGUCGUUCUACAGCUCUCGCCUUGGAAUCAUCAUUGGCAGCGUCGAAUCAAUGGUGCACGUCCAAAUGUUGAAGGGUCUCAUCAAGACCGAUGAAGGUGCGCUGGUGAAGGAGUAUGGCGAGGUUCCUGGCGCCGAGACCGACUACCCUGCUCAGAUCGUCGUAGACGAGGUGAUCAGCGAAGAUGAGCGAUUUAUUGAGCAGGCUGCUCUUCCCAUCGAAGAGGAGUUCCCUGUCGGAUCGCGCGCCUUUCUCUUGAUGGGGGUUAAGCGCGAUGCCGUGAAGAAUCAUGAUGGACAACUCCUUCACCGGCCUGUCUAUGGUCGCCCUGUCGAGGUCGCCGGUUAUAAUACCAACCGGGCCGUCGUCAAAACGUCGCUGUACUUCAUGAAAACAAAUUUCGAAGAGGGAGAGGAUGUCGCAACAUUCUCCAAGAAACUCGACACGUUCAUCAGGAGUGAGCCUUACCUCGCCAAAUCACUGAUUCAGCAGUAUGAAAAGGAGAACAGGUAUUGGCCAUCGUACGCCCUCGCUAAGGAGCUUGAUCUUCACCCACUCGUCCUCAGCAAGAUCACCGCUUCUUUCUUUGUGCACACCAUGGGAGGUAGCAUGAGGGUCAACCUUGGACUGGACUUGAAGUUUGAAGGAAAGAAGUUGAAGGUUCUUGGCUACUCUCGCAAGUCCAGCACUGGUUGGGAAUUCAGUAUGGCAGCUAUUCAGCUCAUUGCCAAUUACAUGGCCCAGUUCCCCGACUUCUUUGCUGCGAUUAAGAAAAAUCCUCAAGGAAGUGAGCUAUCUGAGACAGAUCUGUUCCCUGACCCCGAGUAUGCUACAAAGAGGAUCAAGGAGAUUGGUGCGUGGAUCAAGGAUCAAGACAAGAGCAAGUUUGAGCGAGUGCCCUUGGAUGCCGAGCAGCUUGAUUCGGUCAUUGUCGGACGCCUGGAACAGAAAGUGGAUGAGUUGAUGCAGAAUGCACCAGCACCUAUUGUGCGGAAGCUCAAUGAUAUACCCAGAAAUGCCUUGCUGCGACCGCAGGAUGCGGAGCAGCGUCUCGGCGGGCAGAAGUUCAGCCUUGGAGACAGGGUUAUGUCGGCUACAGACUCGGGUAAAGUUCCCAUUGGUCUUAAGGGAACAGUGGUGGGAAUCAGCAAUAUCGGAAGCAAGCCAAUGCUUGAUGUUGUCUUUGAUUCGAACUUCAUGAGCGGCACAACGCUCGACUCACGAUGCUCUCCCUUCCGAGGUGCUACGGUACCCGCCAACUCUGUGCUUAACAUGACAAAUCAACAGUUGGUGGUCUUGAAUGCUCAGCAACAGGCCAAGUUGAAUGCAGCUCCUAAGCAGACUGCAGCCCCGGGAACCUAUGGCGGCGCCAACGGAAGGACGUACCGUGAUGCGCCUGCCCCAGCGAUGCUGCAAGGAAGUUAUCGUGGUGCCCUCAAUGGUGCUGGCCAAGCACGGAGAGGUAGAGGAGGCUCAAAUCAACCGAACGGCAAUGGUGUUCCCAAUCUGCAGUCAGCGAACUUGGUUUACCGCCCAGCACCGAACGGUAGAGGUGGUCAAGGCUCGCAGCACCCUGGUGCACCCCGGGGACGGGGACGUGGUGGACAGAUUGCCAACAACCCAGCACAUGCUCCCGCUAAUGUACACGCCAACAAUGACCCUGCUCUCCAGGGAGGCUAUAACGCUGUACCGCCACCUUCCAACUUGGAUACCCGUGGCAGGGGAAGAGGUCGCGGACGAGGACGUGGACAGCGCGGGGGGAGAGGCGGGUCUUUCAGAGGCAGAGGCGGCUCAGCUCAGGAACAAACAGCGUAG